AUGGCCAUCUCCACGUCGAACAACUACAUUGACCCUCGUCAACGCUCAGCUAGCACCGCAUCUUCCUCCGACACGGUCUUCCAGGAAGCAUGCGAGAUUUACUUCCGCCAUUGCCAUAACAAACCCUAUGGUUUCUUCCACGCCGACCUGUUUCACCAAAAGGCGGCCCGGAACCAGAUCCCGCUUCAUCUACGACUCGCCCUCAUUGCAACGGCCACGCGCUAUUCCUCAUGCUCGCAAUGGCGAGACCGGAAACAAAGCACAAUCGACGGUUAUGCCCGAUGUUCGUGGGAGCUCAUUGUGUCCUCGCAAGACGGACUCGAUGGCUCGGACGAUAUGACCACCAUUCAGUCUCUUGCUCUGCUUGCAGUCAUUGAUGCCACUGCUGGCCGGCGGCGCGGUGCCUGGGUGAAGAUUGGAAUGGCCGUGCGAAUCAGCCAGGAUCUGCAAUUAAUGCUUGAGCCGAGUUCCCAUCUACCCGCUUGGGAACGGGACGAACGACGAAACCUGUUCUGGUCGUUAUACUUACUGGACCGUUUCGUGUGUUGCUCGUUUCAACGACCACCGGCGAUCAAAGACACCGACUGUUUGUUGAACCUGCCCAGUUACGGGGAUUCAGGCAAGCGAGAGCGGGCCUUGACUUUGAAGGGGCUGUUGUUGAAGGGAGGCGCAAGAGAUACCUCCGUGCAACCCGGCAUGUUCGGGAUCAGCAUCGCCCUGGUCUCGGUACUCGGUCGAACGAUCAGAUAUAUGAUGAAUGCGGAGAACGACACGGAAAAGCCAUGGCGAUCCGGAUCUGAAUAUCAGCGAAUCUACCGCGACCUGGAGUACUUGAAAGUCCUGGCAGUCAACAACAGCCCCGCCUCGACAAAUCGGGCACAGCAGCCACGAACUCGGAGCCAGAUGCAAGACUGUGAUCGCGAACGGGUGGCGCACAUGGUUCUGGCUCACACUCUUUAUCACCUGGCACAUUGCAUCCUCAGUCACCCAUAUCUACUGGGUCUGAAGAUGCGCUCCGCCGGGUCCGCUCACGCACCGCGUGGCUGGCUCAAAGAUUCGCGUGCGGUCUGUGUCGUUCAUGCGGGAGCCUUGAUCACCGUUCUGGUGGAGGCCAAAGCAGCGGGAUACAUGCCCUUGCCCUCGGUGUACAGUUACUGUAUCCUGGUGGCGGGGACCAUUCAGGCAUUGCAUUUAGCCAGCGAUGACGCACCACUCAGCCAAAGCUCAGCAGGGUAUCUCAAGGCUUCUCUCGACUAUCUCGGCGACAUUUCCGAACUAUGGACCAACGCACAUGUAAUGGUCAAUGCCCUCAAACUCUUCUCCCACCAAUGCACCCGAUACAGCACGCUUCUUCUCCGUGACCACCCCCUCGUCGACGAGCUCACACCCACCGAAACCGCCAUCUGCCGUUCAGUCCUCGACUACUGGGCCAUGAUGGAUCCCCAAACCCCCGCCUUUGCAUUCGAUCAUCACCCCCAGCACAACCACCAGCAAGAUAAGCCUGCCAACUCCAAGGCCGAUGCCGACGUUGACCUCGAACUCCUCGACUCGUCAGAUCGACAAAGCUCCCUCUCCCCAUCCACGCCCGAUUCCGCGGGCGUGAUCACCUUGGGAGUCGCAAUGCCUCAAAUGCCCGUGUCUGAGCACAAAGGCUUGUAUGACGCCGUGGUCUCGGACCCGGACCCGGACCCGGAUAUUCUGAUCCAGUGGCCUGUGUCUCCCAUGUCCCCGUUGUUGGUGGAGGAUGAAAGUUCGCCACGGUGGGAUUGGGAUUCGGAGUUGAAUGCGAUGAUUGACUGA